AUGGAAAAGAGCAAAGGCCCACAUCGCGUCCAAUCCAUUGUCCAACCAAGGCAAGCCCACCAAAUAUGGUCUUCACCAAGGUCUCCCGCAAGCCCACCAACCACUCCAAGUUCACCGGCAAUUGGCAAAUAUAAGGUGCCACGGAGCGAGGAGUGUCACAUUCAUCCUUGUACCAAGUCCAAGGACAAGGCCAAAGGGACCCACAAGUCUCGGGCCAUGUCACACGACGUCGUGGCGAGUCACACAUGGAGGCUCGUUGAUUGUCAACGCGUGUCUGAUUCUGAUUGGUUCUCAUCGGCUACCGAGUUUUCGGGGUACUUGGUGGCAAGCAAGAGAUACAAUGAUGAUGACAAUAAUGAUAUGCGGUGA